AUGGACGAAACGCGUAUGCUUGACAGCACUGCCAUUGGGCGAGCGCAACCCGCUCAAAACUAUGAUCAAUACGCUGCGGCGGAUAUGAAAAAGUUCUAUCCACCGGGUGCCCCCAUUAGCAAUGCACCGCAAAAUACGGAAGGUUCAUCGCUUCAGCUGCACUUUGCCUCACUCGCUGGUUUGGAUUUGGGCAAAAGGAUAGGCCAACCGGGCGAGCGUAUUGAUAUGUAUUUCAAAAAUCCCUACAAUACCGAAAGUGACGAGGAUGAGCCACCGGGAGCGGCGGGCAAUGGUACGCAUGUGCCAGCGGUAAAUGCGACUAAAGCGAAACAGCCCCGGAAACGCAACGGUUCCGGGAAACGUAAACAAAAGUCGCCGAAAGUAGAGUCUCCCGCUGAAAUUGCGCUGCGAAAGUUCCCCUGUCCGGAGUGUCCACUAUCGUUUAAGACCGGUUACCAUCUGAAGCGUCAUCAUGCGACCAUCCAUCAGGAUCAACGGUUUCCGUGCACAGUGUGCCACACGUCGUAUGGCCGCCGUGAGAAGCUGCGUGCGCAUCUGGAACUCAUUCACAAGAUUCAAAGCUACUUCGUGUGUGAAGUCUGCCUGGUGUCGUACGAGAGUGACGAUCUGCUACAGCGGCACGUUUACCGCCACGAGAACCCGAAACCACUCGAGUGUGGCACGUGUUUGACACCGAACGCCCGCACUUCGGAUGGGAAUUAUGGAGGAAAUCAUAUCUGCAUCACGUACCAGAACAAUUACGAAUGCUGUGGGAAAGAUUUCGGCUACCAUUACUAUUACAACAGGCACAUGUUGACGGUGCACAACAUAAAAACGAACGCGCGGGUUAAACUGCCCAAGGGCACGCUCCUCAGUCAGUUUCGUGCAUUGCGCUCGUCGAGAGUAUCGUGA